UGGAAAUGGUGGAAACGGGUUGAUAAGAGUGGAAUUAGACAGGUGUUAGUACGGGGUUGUUGAGACGGGCCGAGGAGCGUAUAUAAAGCUGGAGGUCCACUGUCGCUGUCAUUCCGGUUGAUAUUUUUUUUUUUGCUACAUUUACGCUCUCAUAAUUCCAUAUAUAUACACAAUGUCGAAGCCGGUCUUCACCCUGGCCGAGGGCCAACCCGUCCCUGACCCUGCGGUCAGCCAGACUCUUCCCACCUUUGGCGGAGGCAGUCUGAUCACAAUGGGCGACACCCUGCUGAUGGAAACAUUGGCGCAUUUCAACCGCGAAAGAAUCCCGGAGAGAGUGGUGCACGCCAAAGCAGCCGGUGCUUGGGGUGAAUUCGAAGUCACCAAGGAUAUCUCCCACCUUACUUCGGCCAAGUUCCUGAAUGGCGUGGGCAAGAAGACGCCUCUGUUGCUGCGCAUCAGUACGACUGGUGGUGAAAAGGGCAGCGCUGACACUGUCCGUGAUGUUCGUGGCUUCUCGGCCAAGUUCUUUACUGAAGAGGGAAACCAUGACAUUGUCGGAAACCACAUUCCCGUCUUCUUUGUCCGUGAUCCGGUCAAAUUCCCCUCCCUGAACCGCAGCCACAAGAAGCACCCGACAACAAACUGCGCCGACGAGAACAUGUUCUGGGACUUCCACUCCAACCAGCCCGAGAGUGUCCACGCCCUCAUGCACCUCUUCGGCUCGCGCGGCAUCCCCGCCUCCGUCCGCCGCAUGACCGGCUUCGGCAUCCACACCUUCAAACUCAUCGGGCCCGAUGGAUCGUACAGAUACUGCAAGUUCCACUUCCGGCCGGAGCAGGACAUCGCCAACGUCUCGUCCGCGGAAGCCGCUCGUCUCGCUGGUAUCAACCCCGAUUUCCACACGAUUGAGCUCUUCGAUGCCAUUGCGCGUGGCCAGUUCCCCAAGUGGAAGUUGUAUAUCCAGGUUAUGGAGCCUGAGCAGGCGGAGAAUUACGGGUUGGCGUUGUUUGAUAUCACCAAAGUCUGGCCGCAUGGCGACUUCCCGCUCAUUGAAGUUGGGCGGUUGACUUUGAAUAAGAACCCUGAGAACUACUUUGCCGAGAUUGAACAAGCAGCCUUUUCGCCCUCCAACUUGGUCCCUGGUAUCGCACCAACACCCGAUCCCAUGCUCCAAGCCCGCAUGUUCGCCUACCCCGACGCCCAGCGCUACCGUCUCGGCGCAAACUACACCCACCUCCCAUCCAACCGCUCCCUCGCCCCCGUCUACGCCCCCUUCCAGCGCGACGGCACCGGCCUGCAAACCAGAAACUACGGCGGAGACCCGAACUACGUCCGCAGCACUCUUGCGCCUGGCGUCAAGACACAGACUGUCCAGGACGUUCGACACCCUGAGUUCAUGCGCGGCGGCAUUCUCGGCCACAAUGAGAUCCCGGUGACGGAUGAGGACUUUGUGCAGUCGCGCAACCUGUGGCUGAAUGUGUUUGACGAUGCGGAGAGGAAGAAGUUUGUCGAGAAUGUUGCGGGGAGCUUGGAGAAUGUUAUUCCUGAGAUCAGGAAGAAUACGAUUGAUAUGUUUGCGCGUGUUGACAAGGGGCUUGGACAGAUGCUUUCUGCUAAGUUUGAGAAUACGGCCAGAUUAUAGAUGGCUGGGGGUGUUUGUUUGUUCGUUUUCAGCAUGUUCGGAUAGAAUGGAUGGCGUUGGAAGUCAUUAUUGCUAGACCUCUCUUCUCUAAUUUCAUGGAUAUAGUAUCUGAGUAUAUUCUUUCAACUCCCAUAACUUAC